AUGGCAAAUGGUGGUGGUGAUUCUUAUGAAGAAAAGAAAAAAUCUGAUGCUCCGAAGGAGCGAAUUCUUAAUGAAGCCAUCGACAACUCGAAUGUCUAUUCGUUAGAGCCUGUUGUAUCUUUUGAAUUGGAGAACUCUCCAGAUUCACAACUUCAUCUGCAAAUCACAUUGAAGGCCUUUCAGUUUCGUAGUUUUUACAGGAUAGUGAAUGCUCGUCUCCCAGAUCGUAAUGUUGAUGAGGAACUCUUCUCAUUCUAUCUAAAGUUUUUGAAACAACAAUACAAAAUGUGGAGCUCAAAGAAGAUCAGAGCUAUCAAUGUGUUUGGACCAAUUAAAAUCGAGAGCUUCAUUAAUGCUCAUUUCAACGUUGCUCGUGGGGCUGCGAGUUCAACAUUUGAAUUUAUUCUCACAGAUAUGCCCUUCCUCAACCCAUUCGAUUGGAUAUCUCUAUUACUUCUUUUUCUAAAGGAUGAACAAAAAUUUGAGCCUAUAAUUGCACAUAUAAAACGAAUGUUGGUCCGCUACAUUAAUGAGGUUGGAAAGAUGGACGUGGAAAUUGCUACUGCUCUAAAUAAGAAACCCACAUUUCUCCCCAAGGAACCUCUGAAGGAUCUAGAUACGAUGAUAUUGGGGAGGAUUCAAAAGAAGGACUGGAGUGUCACAUUCCAGAAACGAGAAAGACCUGAUGUGACCUUCUUUUUCCCAGACAAAAGAUUGAACAGUGUUACGGACAAGAAGUGCUUCUCUAAUAUGAUUAACUGUAUGUCUUGGUUCGCAAGUCUUUUCCAGGCAUAA